UUCAAUCUCGGAACUAUACACACCACAUUGCAAUUCGUCUCAUUCUGUUAUUGCCCAAAUUUAUGACUUCUUGCAGUGUUCAUUUCUGAAGAUCUUGUUAAAAAGCAAACGAAGAGAACAAAUUCUCUGGAUAUCAAAAUCGGUACUUGGCUAACUAAACACUGCAAGUGUCAGAUUGCCGAUAAUGUCCUUGUCGCAAUCGUCGCACACGUGUUUAUCAUGUGAGAGUACCACAAAAGGUGGCCUUUUUUGCUCGAGGGAAUGUCGCAGUGCUGUCCUCAACAAUUCAACAUCCAGAAUAAACCCUACGACUUGCAGGAAAGAGAAUUAUACUGAUAGUAAAUGUGGAUGCGAAUCACUGACACACAUCUCUGGAGAUUAUGAGAAGACCCAGAGGUCUUCCUGCUUGGAGACAGACGAGAAGUCUCGACGCGAAUUAAAGGGCUAUGAAAGCUCAUUUGACUGGAUGAGGCUUUGGAGAAGACAUGCUUUUUGUUCAUAGAUGGCAUUCGGUCUAUUUUACCAUAAUUACUCUAGCAAACCAUAUGCUAUAAUAAACUGCAGUGGGUCGUAAUCGGUCCUCAAGUCUAGGGACUGUUCAAAGUUUGAGGUUAUAGAAACGUAUCGAAGAAAUAUGUAGACGGUAUCAAUUGCGCGUGGAGCAG